AAAAAAAAAAAAAAGAAGCAUUCUUUUUCAGUCAUUGUUAGAUUAGUUUGAUUCUGUUUUCUUUUGUGACUUUGGGGUGUCGCUUUUGGCUUUUGUUUGCUUUCGAGGGAUGGAUGGUGGUGAUGUUGAUUCUCGAAACCACCUAGUAUUAAACACUGAGCCUGUGUUAAAUUGGGGUUUCUUGAACGAUAACUGCUUGAGAGAUUUUGGGCUUUGUUAGUAGCUAAUCAAGAACCAAACUUGGUUUAGUAUUGUCUUUCUCCCUCUCGUGAAAGUGUUGUUUUUGCCUAUCCUUGUCCCGUUAAGAUAUUGAAACAUAUGAUUUUUUUUGCUCCAUUUUCGUGAACCAUCCAUUGAAGCAUGUUUUAAGAGAGUAUGAGCUCUUCAUCCACUCAACUUUCUGCCUUGAGAGGAAUGGGCAUUUAUGAGCCAUUCCACCAGUUGAGCUCUUGGGGAGACCCCUUCAGAGGUGAUGGUAGUCUAAAUAUUGGUUCAUCCACAAUUGUGCAGGUUGAUUCUGGGCUGAACAACAAGACUGAAUAUGUUUCUCAGGAUUCAAUGGAACCUUCCAGAAGUGAUCAAGAAGCAAACAAACCAGCUGAUAAGGUACUGAGACGUUUGGCACAAAAUCGUGAAGCUGCUCGCAGAAGUCGUUUGCGGAAAAAGGCCUAUGUUCAACAACUAGAAUCUAGCCGUUUGAAGUUGGUGCAGUUGGAGCAGGAACUUGAGAGAGUUAGGCAACAGGGUGUAUACAUUAGCAUUGCACCAGAUUCUAGUCAUUUAGGACUGCCUGGAACUCUAAAUUCAGGAAUCACUACAUUUGAAAUAGAAUAUGGCCAUUGGAUUGAAGAGCAACAUAAACAGGUUUCUGAACUUCGGAAUGCGUUGCAAGCUCGCAUCACUGACAUAGAGCUUCGGAUACUUGUAGAAAAUGGCUUGAACCACUACAACAACCUUUUCCGCAUGAAAGCAGAUGCUGCAAAGGCUGAUGUCUUCUAUUUGAUUUCUGGCAAGUGGAGAACAUCAGUAGAACGAUUUUUUCAAUGGAUUGGAGGAUUCCGCCCAUCAGAGCUUCUCAGUGUUCUCAUAUCACAACUUGAGCCCUUGACUGAUCAGCAACUUGUGGAUGUUUGUAACCUACGACAAUCUUCUCAGCAAGCUGAAGAUGCUCUCUCACAAGGAAUUGAUAAACUCCAGCAGACCCUGGCCCAGAGUAUAGCAGCAGAUAUAACAAGUGGUGGAAGCUACAGGGCUCAGAUGGCUGCUGCAAUAGAGAAGUUGGAAGCACUGGAGGGCUUUGUAAACCAGGCAGAUCACCUUCGACAACAAACUUUGCAACAAAUGUCUCGGAUCUUAACGACUAGACAGGCAGCUCGAGGUUUACUUGCCCUGGGAGAAUAUUUUCACCGUCUUCGUGCUCUAAGUUCACUAUGGGCAGCUCGUCCUCGUGAACCUGCCUAGUCUACAGACAUAGGAAGCACGAUAUCUAGGUUGAUUUACCACUAGCAUUCAUGCCUUGGCUGCGAAAGAAUGGACACUCAGUAAAUUUUUGUUAUAUAUAUGGUGUACUUUUUUAAGUCUGCAUGUGUUUUUCCAUAGCAGCUUCUUAAGUUAAAAAGGUGUAAAUAUGAAUGUAUGUCAGAACUCAGAAGCAAAAAAUAGGUAAAGAAGUUGAUGUUCAAUACAGCAUAGCGUUGGAGGUAAUUCCCAUUAUUAAUUUGAAAUGCAGAGUACGUUUGAAUUGAA